AUGCGGUCGAUCUCAUUGUUUCUUGCUGGCCUGAUGGCCAGCAUUGCCUUCGCGGCGCCGGCGCCUGGCAUCUUCAACAACGCAUACAAGCGCUCAAACAGGAUGGAAGAGUACUACUCCCGAGUGAGCAAGCAUAUCCACGACAGCAAACGGACUGGAAGUGCAUCGUCCACCUGCGACACCUCGUCCAUCUCUCUGCCGGCGUAUGCUUCCAGUCUUCCCAGCCCCAGCGGUCAGACACUCGCCUACGUCACUGUCGGUGUCGGCACGCAGAACUACACCUGUGCGAACUCGUCUGCCAGCGCCACCCCCGAAGCCAUCGGGGCGCUGGCCGGCCUCUUCAAUGCCACCUGCAUCGCCGCUGACUACCCGGAAAUCAUCGAUCUGCUCCCCAACAUCGUCUAUGACAUGGACGUGUCGGCCAACGCGACGUCCCUGAGCAUGCUGCCGCCCGCCAAUCUGCUCCUGCUGGGCUACCAGUAUUUCAGCGACUUAACCACGCCGGUCUUCGACCUCGACACCGAAGACCAGAACGACGGCAUCGCCUACACCAAGAAGAACGACACCCUCGACGCUCCCUCGGACGCCAUCCAAGGCGCCUAUGGCGCCGUCCAGUGGCUUUACCUGACCACCACCAACGAAACUGUGGGCAAGUACUCGAGUAUCUACCGCGUCAUGACCGCCGGGGGGGAUGCCCCAACCACCUGCGAGGGCAUGCCGGAUUCCUUCACCGUGCCGUACGCGGCCAACUACUACAUCUACGAGACCUGA